GCGGAAGUGAAGGCGCGCAGGGGAGCGCGUGGAGCGGCGUCGCGUCUCCGGCCCCUUCGGUCCGCGGCGGGCGUCGCCGAGCAGCCGCCUGGCCUGACGCGGCCUCGCCGAGGUUGCAAAGGAAUCGCCUUGGAAAUAGCCGUUGCUCCCUAGUGCAACCAUGGCUCGCGGUCCCAAGAAACACCUGAAGCGCGUGGCCGCUCCAAAGCACUGGAUGCUGGAUAAGCUGACGGGGGUGUUUGCUCCUCGGCCAUCCACCGGGCCCCACAAGCUCAGAGAGUGUCUUCCGCUCAUCAUUUUCCUGAGAAACCGGCUGAAGUACGCGCUGACCGGAGAUGAGGUGAAGAAGAUCUGCAUGCAGCGUUUCAUUAAGAUCGACGGCAAAGUCCGCACUGACGUCACCUACCCUGCGGGCUUCAUGGAUGUCAUCAGCAUCGAUAAAACCGGAGAGAACUUCCGUCUGGUCUAUGACACCAAGGGACGCUUUGCCGUUCACCGCAUCACGCCCCAGGAGGCCAAGUACAAGUUGUGCAAAGUGAGAAAGAUCUUUGUGGGCACCAAAGGAAUCCCUCACCUGGUGACCCACGAUGCUCGCACCAUUCGCUACCCUGACCCCCUCAUCAAGGUGAACGACACCAUUCAGAUUGAUUUGGAGACCGGCAAGAUUACCGAUUUCAUCAAGUUCGACACUGGAAACCUGUGCAUGGUGACCGGCGGUGCCAACCUGGGAAGAAUUGGUGUGAUCACCAACAGGGAGAGACAUCCCGGUUCUUUUGAUGUUGUCCACGUGAAAGAUGCCAAUGGCAAUAGCUUUGCCACCCGCCUCUCUAAUAUUUUUGUGAUUGGCAAAGGCAACAAACCGUGGAUUUCCCUUCCCCGAGGGAAAGGCAUUCGCCUCACCAUUGCUGAAGAGAGAGACAAAAGACUGGCUGCCAAACAGAGCAGUGGCUGAAAUUCCCGUUUUCUAAGUUCCUUGUUGAUGGAAAGAGUUUUGGUACUUCAAUAAAGUUCAUGCUGUUUGAAU